UAUUUUACCCGCAAUAAUGACAUAAUUUGAAGAGAAAUGUGUAUACGAUGUGUUGUUCAAGUGCGUUAUUUCUAUGUCUGUGCGUGGAAGGUACAAUGACGUCUCGUCUUUUCUCCUCAACCCGACAGAGUCGUACCCAUGAGUUGGUGACGACAAUCACCAAUGUCACCAGGAACAUUGAGCUGGCUCAGUGCAGUCUCCAGGUGGAGCAGAGCCACCUGUUCUCAUCGCGCCACAUCCUGAAACGACAUGCUCCCCGGGUCUGGCUCUGGGCCUGGGAAGGCGGCGAGGAGGAAUCAAUGCCGGGCAGAAAUGUGACAUUGUCCUGUGACGUUGACGCCCACCCGAAACCCAACAUGACCUGGCGAGGAGACCACUCGGAGAUACUCCGUGCAGGAGGCAACCUGAACUUCACCUCGAUAAAACAACGGCCGGGGUACUACCGGAUGGAGAUGACGAUCACAAAUGUGACCGAGGAGCAGUUCAUGACGUACACCUGCCACGCUGAGAACGAGCUCGGAGCCGAUUCCAAGCAGAUCGUGCUGAAAAAAACGGCCGAAUAUGUGGCAAUUCUACAAGCUCGGAGUUUCCCAGUGCUGCCGCAGUAUGAACAUCAGCGAGCCCUGCCAAGUCGCGUGCGCCGAACAAGAGGUGGACCUGGAGCCGGUCAGCUCUAAUCCAGCGUGUUUGAAAGAGUUCAGCAAACUGAUGGUCUGCGCCGCGGGUAAUAUGACAUCCCGCAGCUCACCAGCAGUUUGAAUGCCAUUGUACUCGGUCGUUCAAUAAGUAAGGUAAAAUCAUAUUUAUUUCAGCCCGUCUUAUAUGUAAUUAAUGACUAGAAACUUACAACAUAUGUUUACUGAAAUUUAUUCUACAAAAUGGC